AUGAAUGCCCCUUGGGCGACUAUCCUUGGGACCGUUGUCAUGAUGGCGGCGAUGAUGGCGACAGCGAAGAUGUCAAUGAGAGGAGAGAGAAGAGAUUUGACGACCAUGCUUGCACAAUCGCCUCUCCCCUCGUCGAAAACUGCUGGCAGUCAUCCUCAUUCGGUCAGGGCUCUUGCGGCCGCACAGAGAAAGAUUAAAGAGCUGGAGAGCUCGAAUAAAAGUCUGAGAUCUAGGAUCUCGCACUUGGAGUCGAUAAAGAGGAGGCUUCACAACUCGCAUGGAGCUCUCAGAGGCAAAAGUGCGAAGCAUGCCAAGGGAGGCGUGACGUGCAUGCCGCCCUUCUGUGACAGGAAUGAUUUGCCAUCGGUUCUCUCAGGCUACCUCAUGUGA